GUGAAGGUCACAGCUUAACGCGCUGAUUUUAUCUUAUAUUACUUGUUUUCAAUGUUCGUAACAAUUUACAAUGAUAUGAUACAAAUUCAACAAAUCCAAGUGCUUCAGCCGCAAGAAUCUUGCAGUAUGGUUUCAAUUAUAGGCAUUAUUACCGCCGUAUAUGUUCUUAGGGAAUAUGUAUUCCGGAUAACCAUGGCAUCGAUGUGGUACGAAACUUCUUGGAAUUCGGUUUGGGAUACCUGGUGGCAUUACAAAGAAGGUGUUAUUGGAGGACCAAGUCACUGGGGCCAUACCGCCUACAUGGCGUACGCUGAAGAUGUAUGGCCGGCGUGCCAUCGUGGGAAACUCCAAUCACCAAUCAGUGUAUCACUGGUGAAUUUGACGUACGAUCCAACCCUCGGAUUUCUCAAUAUUGUGGGCAAAGAUGAACAGAUCGAUUUGGAGAUUAUCAACAGCGGUCAAGAUUUGCGAAUGGAAAUUUCCCACCUAUCACCUACGGUAAUGCUUACAGGCGGCCCAUUGUCCUACGAAUACAAAAUAUUUGGGGCCCUGUUGAAGUUUGGAGCAAAAUCAGAACGUGGAUCCGAUCACCUUAUCGAUGGUGUGGCAUUUCCAGCGGAGUUUCAGUUUUACGCUUUCAAUUUUGUACUCUAUUCCAACUUCUCCUCCGCGGUAUCUCGGCCACACGGACUUGCUGCGUUAUCUGUAUUCAUGCAGAUAGGGGAAAAUCCUAGUGAAGACCUCUCUGCUCUACUGACAACUGCAGAAGAAGUUCAGUUGAAGGGACAAUCACGAAAAUUGAGCGGUUUGGUGGUCUCUGCACUGUUGCCUUCAACCAAGCAAUAUAUGACAUACGAAGGUUCCAUUCCUUUUCCUGCAUGUCAUGAAACAGUCACUUGGAUCAUAUUGAAUCAGGCAAUAACUGUAACUGAAGAGCAGCUGAAAGCUCUCAGGGAGCUUAGGAUCACGUCCAUUCCUGAAUCCGGACGUAUGGCAGACAAUUUCAGACAGCCACAGGACUUAAAUGGGCGUUCGGUGAGAACAAAUAUAUUUUUCGCCGAAAGGGACAAGUUCUGCUCCCCUCAUCCACGGCUCUCAUAUACAGUUGCUCUGAAUCAAGAAAGAGACCAACGGUGGAGAGUUCCAGAUCCGUGAACAUUCCACAGUCUAGAUCAUCCAAAGAAAUUCGAAUACCGGUGGAAAAUGUUAUUUUUCGGUUCUGCAUUGUGGUAUUAUUGGAAAGAAUUCCAGUUGAUGUCAAGGAUUCACCAAUCUUGACCGUACAGUAGAAUGCAGACUGGUGUAAAAUUGACGGUAUAAGCUUUCUUAAAAUGAGCCGUUUUUAUUGAAUAAAUAUUGCUACCCGCUA